AUGAGAACCCUCUUUUUGCUGGCAUUUGUCAUUGGAGUGGCCUACUGUGCUCCGCAAUUGAUGUAUUAUGAGCUAGAGUACAAACCUGUCCUGGCGCCACAGGCUCUUCCUGCGGCCGCCGCUGCUAGACCUUCUGGAGUCGAACUUCUCUUGGCAGCUCAUCAGGCUGCAGCUGGAGUUCCUGCUCAACCUGUCCGUGGCUUCAUUAAGCAUGAGAUUCCCCAGCCCGGAGGCAGAGAAAGCAUUGAAGUUCUGUACCCAUUUGACAUUCAUCAAGCUGCUCCAAUUGCCCCAGCUGUUCCUGCUGCCCCUGCUGCCCCAGCCCCUGUUCCAAAGGACGAUGAUGAUGAUCAUGAUGACUAA